AUGGCGCUGGGCCGCAGGGCACCCGUGAGGUUAACUUCUGCUCCAUCCGCUUCAAUCCGGUGGUCUCCCUCCUGGCCGCUGUGUGUCUCUGGGGUUUCGUCCUCUACGCAGUCUUGGACCCAGAAGCCUCCACUGUCUUCGGGGAGUGGCAGUCCUACGUCACGAAGAAGUUCACCUGGCUCUACAUUGUGUCCCAGGACUACUGGAUUGUCUACCUCUUCCCACUUUGCUACUACUACGGGGACAUGA